AUGUCCACCAAUCCGCACAAGGGUGCCUCCUUCUAUGGUGACGCUGCUUUUUAUCGAUCAAGCACCCGACCCGUUGCAUCCUCCGAUGAAAUUCAAUUGCAUAUAGACUCUGGCUUCGACUUCGACGACGAAAUCACCGGUCUUCGUGGUCAAGUUCGAAAAUUGAAGAGUGUUGCUGAAGAUAUAGGUACAGAGGUCAAGUAUCAAAGAGAUUUUCUGGAACAAGUGCAAACGACAAUGUUAAAAGCUCAAGCUGGAGUGAAGAAUAAUUUAAGAAGAUUGAACAAGAGCAUCAUCCAAAAUGGUGCCAACCACGUUGUUCACGUGCUUGCUUUUGCAUUAAUCUGUUUCUUAAUAGUGUACUUCUGGUCAAAGGUGUCCAGAAAAUGA